GAGAAUCCUGAACCGAUUAUCCUGAUCCGAUCCCCGAUCCACGGUCGUAUCGUCCAGGAACCCGCAAUUUUUGCGCGGAACGCCUGUCAAGUCAUAGCCUGAAUGGCCACUUUUGCCUUUUUCAGAAGUAUAAUUUUAAUCGAAAUACAGAGCAAAAAAUUGCACCAUCCGUGCAAUUCAACUUGCAGGCAAGUUGAUGAUUUUAGGAAAGAGCAGAGGAAAUGUUAUUUAACGAUGAGCUUCUAAUUAACACAAGUCAGAGCAAGCAAACAGAUUUCAGACUCCCGUGUUUGAGGAGCAUCAAUAUUGUACAAGCAAAAAAAGAGUGCAUUCAAAUCUUGAAGCUUGCCUGGCCCACAGUUAUCAGCCAAGUUUUUACAUUUGGACUCAGCACACAAAGUGUCAUAUUCGCAGGCCAUCUAGGAGAAUUAGAACUCGCAACUGUAUCUCUGGCUUCAUCUUUCAUAAACGUGACAGGGUAUUCAGUGGCUGUUGGACUUUGCACUGCCUUGGAGACUCUCUGCAGCCAGGCUUAUGGUGCCAAAAAAUAUGGGAUGGUUGGCACUUAUUUACAGCGAGGGAUCUGUAUAUUGUCGGUUGCUAUGCUCCUCACUUACUCAUUUUGGAUGCAAACAGAACACUUUUUGCUUGGAAUUGGGGUUGAGCAACAGAUCUCAAGGAUGACUGAUAAGUAUAUUAUGAUGUCUCUUCCCAUUCUACCUGGCAUUUUUGGACAGACACUAUUGCAGCGAUAUUUACAAGUGCAGGGCAUAAUGCAACCAGUGCUAUAUAUUGGAAUGGUGGUGUUUUGCUGCGCAAUUGGCAUCAACUAUUUAUUGGUAUUAACUCUUCAUCUAGGAAUAAGUGGCAUAGCAAUAUCAUUCUAUGUGAACUACUAUCUCUUCUCUGUAUUGCUGUUGGUGUACAUCUAUAUAAGGAAAAUACACCACUUGACUUGGAAAGGCUGGUCCUUCAGUUGUCUUGAUGACUGGAGGCAGUUCAUUGGUCUGGCUGUGCCUGGAAUGAUGAUGAUUUGUGUGGAAUGGUGGAGCUUUGAAAUUGGAUCGUUUCUCUUAGGCAGAAUUGAUGAUAGUAAUGUAGCAGCUCAUGGCAUCCUUUUUCAGCUGGCAACAAUUUCUUUUAUGCUACCUAUAGGUACUGGUUUGGCUGCGACAGUUAGUGUGGGGAUGGCUCUAGGGUCCAACCAACCGGACAGAGCCAAACUCGUCACCAAAGUAUCUCUCAUCAUCACCAUUGCCUUCUCUGCACUGGUAGCCAUUUGUGUUGUAUGUGCGAGGAAAUAUAUAGUAUUGGCCUUCACAGAUGACAGAGAGGUGAUUAACCUUACCAUCCAGACCCUCCCUAUCGUAGGCACCUUCCUAGUCUUUGAUGCUUCUCAAGGUGUCAUGGCAGGGAUCAUACGCGGCUCUGGACGCCAGAAGAUUGGUCUUGUGCUCAAUGUCAUAACCUAUUUCAUAAUAGCUCUUCCACUUGGUAUCACACUAACAUUCAUUGCCCAUCUAGAUUUACUUGGUUUUUGGUGCGGCCUCGCUGUGGGUUUGGCUACGCAGGUCACACUAUACGGGACUUUGCUUUAUCGCACGAAUUGGCAAAGGCAAGCAGACCUGGCAGCCAAAAGGACAGCUACGCACCGAGAUGCUGUUACCAAUGGCGACUGUCAAUCACACCAGUUUGUCGACGGAGAAAGUGAUUUCUCUCACUCUCAAAAUUUGGAAGAACAAAGUGAGUCAUUGAAUGACAUCUCCAUGGAUACGCCCGAUGAACAGCUUAUCGAGGUCAGCGGUAAAAUCUUUUUGCCGCGAAAGCUGAAGAUACGGUUGCUCAUGCGAAGAUCGUUGCCGCUGGUUCUUGCGUUGGCUGUUCUUAUGUCGUCGGUAGCUGUCCGAAUUUGUGCCCCGGUCAAUGGACAAGGCAUGGCCAGGAACUCCACGAUGACUCUGCCGGGGACAGGGAACGUUACAAAUAUCCCAACAUGACGAAGUUCGAACGCCUCUUUUUUAAUAUUUUUGGCCUGGCUAAACUAGGCAACAUGUCGAGCGCGACAUGCAGCGUGCGAUAUGUCUCCUAAAUGUUUCCUAGAUUAGCCACCACCAAAACAUGAAGUGCGCGAGAAAUUUUUUAGAGCGCGUCGACACGAAAAUGUUUCUCAGCUAGUUAUCCAGCAAAGGCCUGGAUAAACUAGGCGACAUGUCGAUCGCGUCUCUUAAAUGUUUCCUGUUUAGCAACUAGUACCACAUUCAGUAUACAUAGUAAAGACGUUAGAAUGACAUGUUUACCGUCAGCCAGUCCGUCUCAUUUUGUCAUCCCAAGUUGCAGUGUGAAAAAGUACUCAUUUCCAUCGGUUGAUUUGGGGAAGCUCUUGUCAGAUUUGCUAUAGAUUUUAGUGAAUGAAGUCUAAAUCACCUGGUUUUAGAUGUUUCUUUAAUAUAUUUUGUCUUUAGAAAUUAAAUUCUAAAAAUAACAAAUUGAUGAAAAUUUGGCGAUAGUAAUAAUUUAUAAAAUGAUACCAUUAUUUUUCGUUUAUCAUAUCAAUCAAUAUAUACUAUGAAAAUUUAAUCUGAUUUUUAUUUGGUUUGGCGAUUUGAUAACGUAAAGCCACGAGUAUGGGAGGUCCAAGUAGAAACCCUUGAGGGAUCCCAUUAUCAUUAUUGUUUUGUUAUACUGUAUUGUCCUAGGCCUUAUAUGGUCUUUAUCGCAGCAUUGACCCAUUGCAAUUAUUCCGAUACAUGUUCCGAGACAUCUCUCCCAAAGGUUAAAUGCAUAAUUAAUGUAUUUUUAAUCUCGCCAUAAUUACUUUCAAUAAUUUCCAACUGCUAAACCGCAACUAGCUACGUCAUAAUAAACGAAACAAACGACACAACAUUUGGUGUUGUUAAUUGGUCAGCGACUUGCGGAGAGGGUGCGUAAUUGUAAGCCAUUUUAGUGCUGGCCGAUGAAAAACGCCUCUGCGACAGUUCGCAGAUUAUUAAUCUGCUAGAUUUUGCCGGCUUUGUGGAUUUUGGUAGGGGAAAAAGCCUGCAUACUAAAAAUAUGAAAAUGAGGGGAUAUAGAGUGGCUCAUACUACACCAACGCUUUAAUACAUUUUUUAUGCUCUUUAUUUCGUUUUGGGGGAAAUAUUUAGCUUUCCAAAGUGAAUAUAAAUAUUUUGUUAUUGAAGUGCCUAGUGUAAAACUAAUAAAACAAUUUAAUAUGUUGAUUUUUCACCCGAACAAAGUCAAAAUUAAGCAGUUUUAAUAUUUCAAAGCAUUUUCCUUCGAAAAAAAAGUUAAAUUAGUCCGCGUAACACAAGAGUUUUCUUGUAAGUUUGAGUAAACACGGUACACGAAUUUUGAAUCGUUCCUUACUAGUACUUUUUACACUGCUGUUCUGGGUCUGUAUGAACUGGAAUUGAUUUUUUUGGCUUUGAGUUGAAAAGACUUAUAAGAAACCGUUUGACUUUGGGGAGAGGAGUGUUGACUGGCCCUCCCCUCGUGAAUUUUUCCCUGGAUCUCCCAGAAUGCUUUGUAUUCAAGUGUUUCACAAGCCUUCAAGGAGUAGAAUUUGUGUUUCGAGACCAUGGAAAUGGAUCAGGAGAAUCAGAAUAAAGGUAUCUAUUUGCG